CUCGUCCUUAGGAACACAGAAACACACUGGUCCUCUCUUUCUCUGUCACUCUCUGUGAACUCUCACGCCAUUAAUCCGAAGAAGAUCUCUUCCGCCAUUGAGACUCUCCCCACCUUGAAUCCAGUUUAUUUUGGAAGCAAUGGGGGUAGAUGAAAAUGGACUUCACAUGUCUAAAAAUUCAACUAAACUUGGCCACCUGAAGGGCUCUUUGGUUCGUACUUAUAUCCCUAUCUCCUACAAAACCUGGAAGGAUGUGACAGAUACUUACAAAGAGGACGUCUGGAAUGAACUACAGAUAUCAUUUCUACUGCCCAAUACUUUCAAGGAAACUGUGGUGAAGGGGAUGUCUGAUCCAUGGAGGAGACAUGAGUGGGAGUUACGAACAACAUAUUAUGAUCCAUAUACUACUUAUGAAGAAAGGAUCUUACAUACUCCUCCAAAUGUAAAAGAUGAGGACUGGGAAACAUUCUGUCGCAACGAGGAGGAUGAAGAAGUACAAAAAACUCGAGUGGAUAUUAAUAGGAAAAAGGAAAGAUAUGAUUACAUUCACACCACCGGUCGCAAACCUCAUAAUUUGGUGAGAGCUGAACUGGAUAUGGAGAAUCCCUGAGUGGAAAUGUUAUGAAGAUAUCUCAGCCACCAUCUUUCGCGAAUAUCAACGAUAAACACAUAUGGCUUUUACUUUUAUAUUAAUGUUCACAUGGUUUUUUACUUUUUCUUGCUAAUUUUCACACUUUUGCAAAAGUCCAGUUGCCCUUGUGCAAAGAAGAUUAUGAUGUAAUAUAUAUGUGGUAGACUAGUAUUUUACUCUAACUGAAGAAGACUUGGCAUGUAAUAUAUAUCUAUGUGAACCUUAACCAUUCUCGUAUGAAUGGAUUUUACUUGUUGCA